CUCGCGCUGAGCCAGUCUGGUCCACGCGGUGAGGGCGGGUGGAUCAGCAAGUCAGGCAGGCAGAGACUACGUUGGCAGUUUUUCUUGAGUCAAUUAAUUUAAACUCUAGUUGUUUUGAACUUUGAGAAGGGUGCUGUGAAACACAACAGAAUGGCUGACUAUUUGAUCUGCGGAGGAACAAGCUACGUUCCCGAGGACGGCAACACCGGGGCUCAGAUGUUCGCCUCGGGGGAAGGCCUCACCUACCAGGACUUCAUUAUCCUGCCUGGUUUCAUAGACUUCACAGCUGAUGAAGUGGACCUAACCUCUGCAUUGACCAAGAAAAUUAGUCUUAAAGCCCCGCUGGUGUCUUCCCCGAUGGACACUGUUACAGAGUCCGAGAUGGCAAUUGCUAUGGCGCUGUGUGGUGGCAUUGGUAUCAUCCACCAUAACUGCAAUCCAGAUAUUCAGGCACAGGAAGUGAUGAAGGUCAAGAAGUAUAAACAUGGAUUCAUCCGUGACCCUGUUUGCCUCACUCCCGACCACAGGGUGAGUGAUGUAUUUGAAGUGAAGAAGCGUCACGGGUUUGGCGGCAUCCCUAUCACAGAGGAUGGCAAGAUGGGCAGUCGACUGAUGGGUAUUGUCACUUCCCGAGACAUUGACUUCUUGGAGCCCAAUUCAGACAAGCUACUAUCUGAGAUCAUGACUCCCUUUGAUGAUCUGGUCACUGCUCCAGCAGGAGUCAGUUUGGACAAGGCCAAUGAAAUAUUACAACGGUCCAAAAAAGGGAAGUUGCCCAUCAUCAACGAACACUUUGAGCUGGUGGCCCUCAUAGCCCGGACCGAUCUUAAAAAGUCUAGGAACUUCCCUAAUGCUUCUUAUGAUGCCAACAAUCAGCUCUUGGUUGGAGCAGCUAUUGGGACCCGAGAGUCAGACAAACUGAGGCUACAGAUGCUGGUCCAUGCAGGAGUGGAUGUGGUGGUUUUGGACUCCUCACAGGGUAACUCCAUCUACCAGAUCAACCUGAUCCGUUACAUCAAGAGCACUUACCCAGAACUACAAAUCAUUGGUGGCAAUGUUGUGACAGCAGCACAGGCCAAGAACUUGAUAGAUGCAGGAGUGGAUGGGCUGAGGGUUGGCAUGGGGGCCGGGUCCAUCUGCAUCACACAGGAAGUCAUGGCUGUUGGCAGGCCACAAGCCACUGCUGUCUACAAGGUUGCAGAAUAUGCUCGGAGGUUUGGUGUGCCAGUGAUGGCUGAUGGAGGAAUUAGUUCUGUAGGUCACAUCAUCAAGGCUUUGUCCCUCGGUGCAUCCACAGUGAUGAUGGGCUCAAUGCUGGCGGGAACAUCAGAGGCACCUGGGGAAUACUUUUUCAGCAAUGGAGUACGCCUGAAGAAGUACCGCGGCAUGGGUUCCCUUGAGGCUAUGGAGUGUAAGGGUAACAGUGGGGGUGCUGCCGACAGAUAUUUCCAUGGGGGCCCUCCUAACAAGGUCAGCUGUGCAUGCAAAAAGUCAUCAGAUGCUGCUGACCUGUCAUCAGUGGCUCACAGUCCAAACUGUGUCAUGUAUUUAGGAGGGGAAGGAGACACCAUCAAAGUGGCACAAGGAGUGAGUGGUUCCAUUGUUGACAAGGGCUCCAUCCUUCGCUUCCUUCCAUACCUGGUGUCUGGCAUCCAACAUGGCUGUCAGGACAUUGGCUCCAAGUCUUGCUCCAUGCUCAGGGCCAUGCUGUAUAGUGGUGAGCUGAAACUUGAGCGUCGCACUAUUUCGGCCCAGAAAGAGGGCACCGUCCACAGCCUGUACUCCUACGAGAAGAGGCUGUACUAAUCGACCGGGGAAUCUCAUGUUGUGCUGUGAUGUGUGCUGUCCUGUUGCACUGCCACCAAUGACAUAAACUAACUCAAACCAUGUACUGAUAAUCCCAGUGUACUUAGUACUGCCACCACCUGUUGUACUACCACAUCCUGUUAGUGAUAUGCUACCAACCUAUGUACUGCCAGUGUACAUUCAUAAAUCAUUUAUCCACAGAAACCAAACUGAAGAAAGUAGGUCAUUUACUUCUUACUUGAAUAAUGUGCAAUCAAAAUUAUUUGAAAGUUUCAGUGAUCCUGAUGUCCUACACUAAUUCAAAUAGUACACACUAAUCCGUACAGUCUGUGUGGUGAACAGUGUUUUGUCUGGCAGCUAAGGGCUGUGGUGUCAGAAGUGCUUCUGUUAUUGGUCAUGCCCUUGACUUGUGACUUCCUCUUCCUCACAUUAUACAUAGUAGUCCAACUCAUUCCAUUUACAUGUUCUACUUCACUCUUUCCUGUCUGUUUACACCUCACAAACUUAACAAAGCUUGUUGGGCAUUUUCACUAGACAUUUACAUCUAUAAAUGUCAAUGAAGAUACCAGAGAUGUAUUCCUCAUACUUAUCUAUUUGUUUUUUACUGCUGAAAUAUCUACAGUUUAAUCUUUCCUAGUAUUUUUCACCUAUUCCAUUUAUCUAAUGUAGAGUACUUGGUUAUUGUCUGUUUUUGAGAAAGUGACAAGAAAUAUUGAGCUUUGGUAUCUGAAUGCCAUUUAAUCUUAAUAUAUUUAUUAGAGAACAAAACACACACACAGUUAACCAUCUUGUGGCAUUACACUGACUGAAAUGUAUCUUGGGCUGCAGCUGGUGUGAGCUGUGACCAGUGUUUUUGUGCUACUUUGUCUACUAUGUGUUGUUAGUCGCAUGGAAGUUGAUUGGUUGGAAAAGUAUCUCAUCUAGAACACACCAAACUCUCAAAUCAGAAAAACCCAAUUUCAAAAACAAUGCAGAAAAGACAAAAUAUCAAUCAGAGUAAUUCUUAGUGGUGAAAGUUGGAUGAAUAUUGAUGCAGCUGAAAAUUUUCACUCUUAAAGUCCUUGUUCUUCUCUUAAAAGGUGAAAGACAUUGUUUCCAUGUCUUGUUAAAGGAGCAAAUAAACGUUAAGCUUUAUGAUUUCCUAUUUCCUUACUAAGCCACUAAUUUGUGUCUGUCAAAAUAAUCUUAGAUGCAGAGGAUACAAUCAAAAGCUAAUAAAGAUGGUGCUCUUUUUAGAAACUAUAAUUUGUGUUUUGUUUUGAGAGAUUGGAGUGUAUUUCUAGGAUAGGAUGUGAAUGAUGUUAGCAGUACUACUUCAGUCCAUAUGAAUCCAUUGAGAGUACAAACUUGAUGAAGUUACUUGGCUAAUCAUAUCGGUGACUAUCUGCAAAAGGUGACAGAGUAUUUGUCAUUUAUAUUUUACUGAACACCUCGCUGAUACAACUUAGACUGGUCAGUCUUUUAUGUGAUGCCCCACCACAAGUCAUAAGGAACAUUAGGCUCCUGUCUGUGCCAACAAAAUAGUUAUAGCUCACCUGUGUGUUAACAGUUGUGGGUUGUACCUUUAAUAUUGUGCUGUGUAAGGUUAUGAUCAGGGAUUUUAAAUGUUUUACAGUGUUAUAUGUGUACUUUUGGUAUUUUCUUAUCCAUAUACAUUCAUGUUUUUAUUGUGAUAAACUAAAAUAGUGCAUCAAAGAUUUUAAGAGCUAACUGUGUAUAGUCUUUUUGCAUCUGUAUGCCUAAAGAAAUUAAAGACUAUAUUUACCACA